AUGGCUGAAAGAAAAUCAGUAAAUAAAUAUUAUCCACCAGAUUGGGACCCAACAAAGGGAUCUGUAAAUAAACAUGUGGGUCAGCAUCCGUUACGUGACCGAGCUAAAAAAAUCAAGCAGGGCAUUCUUGUUAUCAGAUUUGAAAUGCCUUAUAAUAUAUGGUGUGGUGGGUGUAAUGCUCAUAUUGGUAUGGGAGUUCGAUAUAACGCUGAAAAGAGUAAACACGGCAACUACUAUUCAACGCCUAUUUAUAAAUUUAGAAUGAAAUGUCAUCUUUGUGAUAAUUAUUUUGAAAUACAAACAGAUCCUCAGAAUCAUGAUUAUGUGAUAUUAAGUGGUGCAAGACGUAAAGAGCAAAGAUGGGAUCCAAAAGAGAAUGGGCAAAUUGAAACAGAAGAUAAAAGAACACAGAAGAAAAUGGCCACAGAUGCUAUGUUUAAACUGGAACAUGGUUCUAAUGAUCAAGAAAAGGGGAAAAAAUCUAUCAUGACGUUGUCUCAAUUAGAAGAUAGGAUGGACUCUUAUAAAGAUGAUUAUAUAUUGAAUAAGAUAGCGCGAAAUAAAUUUAGAGAAGAAAAAGAAACUAUAAGGGAAAAGUUAGAGAGUGAUAGAGCAUUAUUAGCAAAAAGUUCGUUAGAAAUUGAAUUAGUGGAUGAAAAUGAAGAAGAUAAACAAAUAGCUGGCUUAAUCAAAUAUUCUGUUGUUGAAUCAUUUGAUGAGAAACAGAAAGAAAAAAGAAAAUCUCUUAACAAUGAAUCCAUUUUUAGUCCACCAAAAAUAUCCCCAAAUAAAUUUUCUCAUUUAAUUAAAAAACAAUAUGAUCCAUUUAAUAUUAAUUCUCUAAACACUGAAAAAGACAAAAGCAAACCAGAUUUGGGAAUAAGAAGAAAAUCAAACAGUUCUGUCAGUGAGACCAUAAGUGAUAAUUCAAUACCAUCAGAGUGUUCUGAAAGACUCAAAACUUCUCUUUGGGAUUCUGCUGAUAAAGAUUCUGUCAUAUUAGAAGUCAACAGAUCUGAUUAUAGUUCAAACUGUGGUAAUACAAUUCAGGAACAGAAAAAUAGUUCAUUACAGAGUGAUAACAGAGAUCUUCUGGCAAAAAGUGGUUUAAGCGUUUUAAUGAGUAAUUAUUCAGAUUCUGAAGGUGAUACCUAA